AUGGAGAAUGAAAUGCUAGAAGUUGUUCAAGGCGAAAUACCUCAAGUACAACCAACACAAUUAGCUAUGCUUCAUCAAAUAUUACUGCCACAGCCUCUAGACUUGAGAAAUAGUGGUGAAAUCGCCGAAAAUUGGAAACUAUGGAAAGAGAAAUACAGCAACUACUUUGUUAUCUCGAGACUACAACAAGAAAGCGAACAAUAUCAGUUAGCGAUGUUUAAACAUGCAAUUGGGGACGAUGGCUUAAAGGUCAUUAAAACAUUCAGUUAUGCAACAGAAGAGAAUGUUAAUGACUGGUGUGUGUUCAUGAGCAAAUUAGAAAAGCAUUGCAUUGGGGAAGUAAACGAUAUAUACGAAAGAUACUGUUUUAAUAGACGUGAUAAACUUCCAACUGAAUCCGUGGACAAUUUUGUCGCUGAGUUGAAAACCCUGGCAAAGACCUGCAAUUUUUGUGAGUGCCUUCACAAUAGUUUAAUUCGUGACCAUAUUGCCCUGGGAAUUAAGGAUGAACAAACAACAAAGAAGCUACUAUGA